CAUGCGUACCGUUGCGCGCCAUAUUUAAGUAAACUUGUUAUUAUUUUGGUGAUGAUCGUAUUUGCCGACCAUGUUCAUCAAAUCAAUGGUCAUUGAUGGCUUUAAGUCAUAUGCACAAAGAACAGAAAUAAUUGGAUUCGACCCGCUCUUCAACGCCAUAACAGGUCUCAAUGGAAGUGGGAAAUCUAACAUUCUAGACUCCAUUUGUUUUCUUCUGGGAAUCACCAAUUUAUCUCAUGUGAGGGCAACAAAUCUACAGGAGCUUGUGUACAAGAAUGGCCAAGCUGGCAUCACAAAGGCUACUGUCAGCAUCACAUUUGACAAUGCUGACAAAAAACAAAGUCCCCUUGGUUAUGAACAGUACGAUGAGAUCACUAUCACACGCCAGGUUGUCAUUGGAGGAAGAAACAAGUAUUUGAUCAAUGGAAGUAAUGCCAACAACACAAGAGUCCAAGAUCUGUUCCGAUCUGUACAGCUCAAUGUUAACAACCCACAUUUUCUCAUCAUGCAGGGAAGAAUAACAAAAGUCCUUAACAUGAAACCACCAGAGAUCUUGUCAAUGAUUGAGGAAGCAGCUGGUACUCGUCUCUAUGAAAGUAAGAAGGAAGCUGCUCAAAGGACAAUUGAAAAGAAGGAUGCCAAACUCAGGGAAAUUGACAUGGUUUUAAAGGAAGAUAUUACACCUACACUAUCAAAGCUUAGGGAGGAAAGGUCCUCCUACUUGGAAUAUCAGAAGAUCAUUCGAGAACUUGAACACCUUAAUAAGUUGUACAUCGCCUACCAGUUUGUUUGUGCAGAGGAAAGAAAGAAGAAAAGUGCUGAAGAAUUACUUGAGAUGCAGGAAGUCAUAAAAAAACUGAAAGCGAGGAUGACAGAGAUUGAAGAAAAAGUUAAAGAACUUGAUGGAGUGAUAAAAGACUUAGAAAACAAGAGAGACCAGGAGUCAGGCAGUGUCAUGCAGAAGCUGGAGGCAGCUCUUGCUGACAAACAGAAAGUAGAAGCUGUGGCUCAGAGUGCCGUGGAUGUCAAAAAGGAGGGACUAAAGGCUGAGAACAAAAAGAAAAAGGAACUCACCAAAAAUAUCCAAGAUAAUAAGAAAGCUUUGGUCAGUAAAGAGAAAGAUAUGAGUAAAUUAGGUCAGGAGCUUGAGAAGCUCCAGGCUCAGAGUACAACAGACCAGGUCAACCACGACUCGGCCCAGAAACACUACCAGGCGGUCAGUGCCGGGCUGUCCAGUAACACAGAUGGAGAGGCAGCCUCCCUCAAUGACCAGCUCAUGACUGCUAAAAAUGAGAUCAGUGUAGCUGAAACGGAAACUAAGCAGGCACAAAUGAAACUGAAACAUGCACAGCAAGAGAUUAAGAAGAAACAGUCAGAUUUAAAGAAGACAGAACAAGGAUAUCAGAAAGACAAGAGUGCUUUUGAUGACAUACAGAAAAACAUGAAAGCUCUAGAGGCUGAGAUGAACAAGUUAGGUUUUGAAGAGGGAAGGGAUGAGGUGCUGGCUGCAGAAAGAAGGACCCUCUCACAGGAGGUUCACAAACUGCAGGAACAUCUGGAGACUCUUGAGGCCAGAUUUCCUCAACUUCAAUUUGACUACAAAGACCCUGAGAAAAAUUUUGAUAGAAGUAAAGUCCAUGGCCUUGUGUGUAAACUCAUAAAGAUCAAAGAUGUCAAAAUGGCAACAGCUUUGGAAGUUUCUGCUGGUGGAAAGCUGUACAAUGUGGUUGUGGACACAGAGGUGACAGGGAAGAAACUGAUCCAGAAGGGAGAGCUGAGGAGACGGUACACCAUCAUCCCCCUCAAUAAGAUCGCAGCCCGCAGUAUCGCCCCGGACGUUGUACGGAGAGCCGAGGACCUGGUCGGUAAGAAAAAUGUCAACACUGCCCUCUCUCUGAUUGGAUACGAGAAGGACCUGAAGGCCGCUAUGGAGUUCGUAUUUGGCUCAGUGUUUGUAUGCUCCGACAUGAACAGUGCCAAGAAGGUGACAUUCGACGAUAAGAUCAUGAAGAAGUCAGUGACUAUGGAGGGCGACUCCUUCGAUCCAGCAGGAACCUUGACAGGAGGUGCCAGAGCCCAUACUAACUCAAUCCUAGAGAAGCUUUCCGAGUUUACUGAGGUGGAGUCCAAGCUAAAAGAAAAACAAACUAAGCUACAUGAAGUGGAGAAGGAACUCAACUCACUCAAACAUGUAGCAGAGAAGUACACAACUUUCAAGCAGAAAUAUGAUCUGAAGGUCCAGGAAGCGGAACUUCUGAAAGCUCGCCUUGAACAAGGUUCCCACCAUCAACAGCUCGAGGACAUAGAGGCACUGAAACAGUCCAUAGAGGAACAGGAAGGAGUUUUGAAGAAAGCUGAAGAAACUCAGAAAAAGAUGUCUAAGAAAGCCAAAGACUUGGAGGACAAGAUAAAAAAUGCCAAGGCGGUGAGGGAGAAGGAGCUAAAGGAGGCGGAGGGAGAGGUGACCAAGAGUAAGAAAAAGAUGGAGGAGUCUGGUCGCAAGAUGAAGGAAAAAUACCAGGAAACAGAGAGUCUCAAGUUGGAGAUGGAGGAGCUACAGAAAGAGGUGGAGACGUACGAGGAGCAGAUAAAGACCGUGGAGGAGACAAUCGCUCAGUUUGAAGAGCAGAUCAAGGACCUUGCAGACAAAUCCCAGACAACAAAGACUGAGGUGAAGGAAGCACAGGAGGCCCUGAACAAACAGAAGGACCUGUUGAAGGCCUGUAACAAGGACAUCUCGCAGAGGAUCGGGGAACAGAAGGACUUACAGAAAGAGAACCACAGCUCUCAGCUCAAAAUCCAGGAACUGGAGCACAAAAUCUCCAAGUUCCAGAACGACUCCAAGUCAGCAGCCAGAGAGGUGGAAAGUCUUCUAAAGAACUAUGACUGGAUCAUCGAUGAAAAGAAAUAUUUUGGACACCUGAACACAGCAUAUGACUUUCAGGCAAAUGACCCUAAAGUAGCGGAGAAGAAGAUAGGGAAGCUACAGGAAUCUAAAGACAAACUGUCAAAGAGUGUCAACAUGAGGGCCAUGAACAUGCUGGGCAAGGCAGAGGAACAGUAUGCUGACUUGAUGAAGAAGAGGAAGAUUGUGCUAAAUGACAAAACGAAGAUUGCGGCGGUGAUCGAGGAGCUGGACCAGAAGAAGAACGAGGCACUGACCAAGGCCUGGGAACAGGUCAACAAGGACUUUAGUUCAAUAUUCUCCACUCUGCUGCCAGGAGCUAGGGCCAAGUUGUCUCCCCCUGAGGGUCAGUCUGCCCUAGACGGUCUGGAGGUCAGGGUCGGGUUUGGUGACGUGUGGAAGGAGUCACUCAGUGAACUCAGUGGGGGUCAGAGGUCGCUGAUUGCCCUGUCUUUGAUCCUGGCCAUGCUGUUGUUUAAGCCUGCCCCCCUUUACAUCCUGGAUGAGGUGGAUGCUGCCUUAGAUAUAUCACACACUCAGAACAUUGGACAGAUGAUCAAGUCUCACUUCAAACACUCACAGUUCAUUGUGGUUUCCCUGAAGGAUGACAAAAUUUGUGGAUGGUGUUUCCACGGUAACACGAUGAGGAUAGAAGAAAUAUGGCUGGUUUUGGCCUUGGUCCUUCUCGUCUCAGAGUGUGUAGAGAGCAGGAAAUACUAUGACUAUAAGCAAUACACAUUCAGGAAAAAACGAGAUGACCGGAAGUAUAAGAAUGCCAAGGCUCUGUGUGACACCAGACCAGAAUGUCUGGCCAAGUACGGCGCGGAGCAGAGUGCCUGUGUCAGGAAGUGUAUAUCAGAGUUCUGCUACAACGAACUGUACGCAGUGGACCCGCUGGAAGAUGGAGAGAUUGAUGUCAGAUUGAAUUCCUUUAAGGGCUGUCUCUCCCAAGACAAGAGUAACAAACACAACGAAAAACUGCCAGGGGAGAGUAAUCCGGACCUUGGCAUCGGAUGAGAUUACAUUAAACUAUUUCCAUGAAAGAGUAGUCCCUGUGUUGGAGAUUAUGUGAACUGAAUAAUUGUGUUUACUUUUUAAUUGUAAGGCUGGUCCAAAUUAUACUAUGCAUGUGUCAAAUAAGGAGUGGGCAAUAAUAUUUAUGUGUGGAAGUGAAUACAUGUACAGUGAUAACGGAUAGAUUUGAAUUGCUUUCACAACUCUGCAUAUUGAUGAAUAAACAAUUUUUUUAUGAAAAA